AUGGCUCAACUUCUAAGGGCUGAAGGCCAAAUUGAGCUCAAAUGGGGAGUGGAUAAGGUGGGUGCUGUAUGUAAUUGGACUUAUCUCAUAGAUGAUAACGGUAAGCCAACAUUAAUUUCCGGCAAGACAAGAGCCGAGGAGUUGGAUUUCGAGAACAGGACUUACAUAUUCGAUGUUAUUGACGGACAUGCCCGGGAAAAAUACUACAAGACCUUCAAGGGCAAGAUGGAAGUAACUCCAAAGGGCGAGGGCUGCAUUAUGAAGUUGAGCUUGGAAGUUGAGAAGCUGAAUGAAGAUGCUCCUGAACCAAAUGAGCACAUCGGUUUAGAAUUCGACAUCGCAAAAGAUAUCGAUGCUUAUCUUUGCAGCACUUGAUGAAUGAUGAUGUUGAUGAUCCAUUAUUGUAUGUGCAUGCUUUACUAAUAGUCUAAUAAUAAGACUUUAUAUCGUCUCCAAAAAAAAAAAAA